AAAAAUGUCAAAUAAGUGUUUAUUGUGAAAAAAUAAUAGUUAUGUCGGAAUAUUCUUGCCCGUUAUUAAUAAAUCAACUAGGCGACUAAUUUGGUGGUAAUAAUGAAGGAAGUCACCACACGCAUUUAUUUACUUAAGUAGCAAAAUCACGCUGAAUGGCAAGUAAAUAUAAACAUUGAGUCAAGCUGAAAAAACAGGAUAUUUGUAUAUAGGAUUAAGAAAAAUUCGUUUUAGUUGCAUAAGUUUUAAUAAAGUUAAGCGAAAAUGGAUAAUUUAAAUAAAAUAAACCCGAUCAAAAAAGAGCGAAUCCUCCCGACGUGUUUGAACCUCGCUGACCAAAGCACGCUGAACACCACAAAUCCCGUAUUAGUGAUAAACUCGCCCAAAACCCCCACGUUGUCGCGCAAACUAAAGGCGGUGAGUCUCGACUCCGACCCACCCGUAAAAGAAACGGCGAGUCUGGAAUUAUCGAGAGACGUAUUCUCGAUGCCCAACACGCCCAAGAAGCAGAUCAAGCACAAACUCUCGGCCGACUUCGACGACGGAACGCACAGAAUCACUUUAGCGCCGGUGAAUUCCAACUUGAAAAAGUUCGCGUCUAACAGCAGUAUAUCCGGGUCGCAGACGUUGAAAACGCUGCCCGAGAUCAUGACGUUGCAUGAUUUCGGGGAAAACCCCGCCGCUCAACCGGUGAGGAUCAAAAGCAAGGGGUUGCUGGAGCGGCGAGGUUCGAAUGCCAGCCUCACCAUAGACCUGGGGUCGAACUCCAGCAUCGCCGAGGCGAAACCCGCUCCGCUGUCGCGAUUGAACACCGCGAAGAGCGUUUCUAACCUCAACUUGACGGCGUUCGGCUCGCAGAACAACUGCAACUGCGUUAAGAAGAGCGACUUUCAGCCUAAGUGCAUCGAACGCAGGAAAUCACAGGAAACCUGCGGAAACUGCAUCAUCUACGAGUCGGUGCCCAGCAAGGGGUACGUAUGCGCCGUGAAGUGCCACAACCAGAAGAAGUGCAGCUGCUCAAAAAGCAGACGCAAAUCUCUAUCUAACGAAAACCUCUACGUUCCACCUUGCGGGUUCUGUCAGAGCGGUUCCUUCAAGGAUUGUUCCGGUGGUGGAAAACAUUGCAAGGGGUACAGAAAGGCUUACUACCCGAGGCAACCCGAUCUGGAGUCGUCGCAGCUUUUAUCCGAGGAUUUCAAGUUGCACCUGCAGAACAUUCAAUACCUUCAGACGGCCGGGAACACUUUGUCCGUGGCGGAUUUAAAGCAAACCUGUGAGAUGACCAGAGUUCCAAAACUGCACCAAGAAUUUUGGGAAGUCCCUUUGAAUCUGCAAGAGAAAUGCUACGUUUCAGGGUCUCAAAGUAGAAACCGAUACAGAGGGUUUUUGCCCAAUGAACACAGUCGAGUUCAUUUGCCGGGCCCUCAGAGUUACAUUCACGCAAACUACAUUAAGGGCCCUGAUUAUACAGAAACUACUUAUAUAGCUACACAGGGUCCAAUGGCUCACACCUGUCAGGAUUUUUGGGAGAUGGUUUGGUUCACUAAUUGUAAGUGUAUCGUGAUGUUGACCAAUCUGAUAGAAAAAGGUCGCAACAAGUGCGAGUUGUACUUUCCCUUGGGCAAAAGCACCAGGGCCGUGGGAAAGUCGUACUACACCGUGAGAUCGGUGCGCGCGCAAGACAAAUUCACGUUCGAAAGUAAAAACGUUCAGGCUUUCGAAGAGGACGUCGUAGAUUUCGAGGAAAUAAACGAAGUCACCUUCGGCAGCUACAGAAUAAGGUACUUGAAAAGAGAGCACUUAGGAGACUGCGUGAUCCGGCACCUGGAAGUGUCUCGCAAGGAAAGACCUGAAGAGGUGCGCGUGCUGCACCACUAUUGGCUGGCCAGCUGGCCGGAUCACAAGAUGGCCAAUCCCGAUCAAGUGCUGAAGAUGGCGAUGCAGGUCGCCAGUCUCGCCGAGAAGUUGCGCGAUCUUCAGCAGGAUCCGAGUCUGGAGGGCGCGGCGGCCGGCAAGAAGAAAGCGAACUUCGCGGAAUGCAGGUUGCCUGCGCAAAAGCCGUCGGAGCGCAAAAAAUCGGUGGACAACUCGCGUAGUCCACUCGUUGUCCACUGCAGCGCAGGCAUCGGACGCACCGGAUGCUUCCUGGCCAUCCUCAACGGCAUCCAGCAGCUGAAGCGCAGCUUCAACGUCGACGUGCUCGCGAUUUUGUGCUCGUUGCGCCUCAAUCGCGGCGGCAUGGUGCAAACGGCCGAGCAGUACGAGUUAAUACACCGAGUGCUCAACCUCUACGCGGAAAAAAUGUAAGAUGUUAUCCUUUCGGUUAUUGUGGUUGUUGUUUAAUAUUUUUCGAAUGUUUAUUCCAAAAGUUAAUUACGAUUAAAAAACAUAAUAUAAUUUCCCACUUUCAUUUGAUACCCAUGUCAAGUAGGUUGUGAAGAAAUAGUAACUAAGUACAUUGUGUUAUGUAAUUAAUUUAAUAUAUUAAAAUUUUCCAGAUUUUUUCAAAAAAAGUUGUUUAAAUUUGGCUUAAAUACAAAAAUGACAAAAUCUACAAUGCUAAUUGUGAAUUUGGCGUUUUUAUUAAUUGUUUAUUAUGUCAUUUUUGUAAUGAAGGUAAAUACAAACAAAAUCUGGCAACUUAUGACAGAAUCCAGUGCAUUUAUUUCAAAUUUUAGGUUAUGGGCCCAAAUUUUAAAUAUCUGAACUAAGUGCUUUUGAAUUUAUUUACACAAAUUGAAUGUUUAAAGUUAACCUGUAAUUUCAUCUGAGUAAACAGAAAUAAAAAAAUGAAUUUUAAGAUUAUGGAGUUUUUAAAAUGGGUACUAAAUUUUCUAAUCAUUGCUUAAGCUAAUAGCUGGAUGAGUAAAUAAAUGCAGAAGGCUAUUAGAGCUUUAAGGGCAUACAACUUUUGUAUUUGUUGAGGUUUUAUUUAUUUUUUGCAAGACAAAUUUUUAGUAACAAUUUUUUACGACUGGCAACGCGCAGCUACUUUGUUGGUUGGUAUCUAUGCACUCACAGAACACAAGUGUGUAACCAUUGGUGUUACAAAAAAUAUAAAAAACUUCUAAUGCAUAUUUUUUCUUCAUCUUUGGAAAAAUAUUCUUUUAAAUAUUUUUCCGUUACACCUUAUGUCAAAAGGUAUGCAGUAUUUUAAUAUAUUACAUUAAUUACAUAUUUUUUAACAAGAAUCUUUAUUGUAAAACUUGUUUAACUGAUAAAAAAUAUAUCCAUAAAAUAUUUGUACAGAACACUCUGUAUAAUUUUAGAAUGGGUGUAUUUUAGUUUCAAAAUUAAAUCACGGGUAAAAUUGUAUAAAAGAAUUAUAAUUUAACAUUUAAAUUACUUUUGUAAUACAUAAUAUGUAUGUCAACUCGCACAUGCUGUCCCAAAAAGUCAAAUAUACAGCGUGACCCAUUUGUUUGUGAGCGAUUUUAACCGGAUUUGUUUUAAAGUGUAGAUCUUGAUAAACUGUAUUUUUGUAGCAAAAGAUGCCAUAUUAGUACAAAAUACAAGGUCAGUUUUUAAGAAUUUAUAUUAGCGAUUUUUUUAAACAAAAUCUAAGCACGGCACUGGAUUCA